CAGGACUUUGUGAGCUCUCGCCUGCUGCCCCCCUCCCUGCCCCCACCCGGACUAUUAACUCUUCUCUCUGAGGGGCGGGAGGUGAGGCACCAGUGGGACGGUCCGUGGACACAGGGCUUGCAGUGGGCCCCCUUAGGGCUUGACUGGCUCUGUGGCCGCCCAAGGGCCCCCGAACUGUGAGAUUUGGCAGAGCAAUUAGGUCCGAGCACCCGGCCCAGCUGGGAGAAGGUGGGCCCGCCCCUAAGGCCAAAGGCACUGGAAAGGCAAACAGGGGAGUUGGAGAAACUGGAAAAAUAUUGCCAUCCCUUGGGCUAAGAGGAUGGUGGGACCACAUGAUGGAAGGAUCCUGAGUCCCUGAUUGACUACUUGGAGCAGAACAGCUUGGCCCCACACACCACCAAUCUGAACUGACCUGUGAUGGAACAGCCUUUGGAAGCCCUGAACUGGCCCUGUGCGCUAUGGGAUCUCCAGACAGGUGGUGAGUGGGUAUCUGGAAGGACGUAGCAAACAUGGCUGUGCAGUGGGCCUUGAAGGAUGGAAACCACUUCCUGAGGAUGGUGAACUGGCAAGACAGGAACCUUGGUUACUGAGAUGAAGAUGCCGUAUCAACCCUGGAUGGCCUUCUUCCUCUGAACUUAUUCCAGGCUAAUAACCCACACCAUGGAUAACUUAUUGGACUUUGCCUGAAAGGAGUCAUUAGUGCCAUUGGAUAUUUGACCAUCCUGGCCACAGGUUUUUUCAGAAUGAAUGGAAGGUCAUGCAGCAUGAGUCUCCACCGGACAUCAGGAACCCCACAGGGGCCUGGGAUGGUCAGUGGCCAACACAUUCCUCCCAUCCGAGCCCACUCUGGGACUCCUGGCCCCGCGUCCUGUGGCAGCACAGCAAGCCCUGCCAUCGGAAGCCUUGGUAACAGCCUCCAUCUCAAGAUGCCCUCGGGAGGAGGGAUGGCUCCUCAGAGCAACAUGGCCGAGAGCCCCCUCCAUCUGCCCGCCUUGAGCCCCAGGAGACAAGUGCUCACCAAUGGGAAGCCACGAUACCAGGUCACCCAGGCUGGAGGCAUGUCAGGGCCACACACUUUAAAGCCAAAGCAGCAGGAGUUUGGAAAUCCUUUUCCUCCAAAUCUUGGGAAAGGGGCUCUUGGCUUUGGGCCUCAGUGCAAGUCCAUUGGAAAAGGCAGCUGCAACAAUCUAGUGGUCACCAGCAGUCCCAUGAUGGUUCAGCGACUGGGACCCAAUUCACCUCCAGCAAGCCAGGUCUCUACAGCAUGCAACCAGAUCAGUCCUAGCUUACAGAGGGCAAUGAAUGCUGCCAACCUGAAUAUACCUCCUUCAGAUACCAGGUCCCUUAUUUCUCGUGAGUCUUUGGCGUCCACAACUUUGAGCCUGACGGAUAGUCAGUCAGCCUUGAGCGUGAAACAGGAGUGGUCUCAUGGCUACAGGGCUCUCCCGUCGCUGUCCUCCAGCCACAGCUCCCAGAACGGCAUCGAUCUAGGGGACCUCCUUAGCCUUCCUCCUGGGACAGCUGUGUCUAGCAAUAGCGUCUCUAACUCGUUGCCGUCCUACCUUUUUGGCAUGGAAAAUAGCCACUCUCCUUACCCUAGCCCCCGGCACUCAUCGGCCAGGUCCCACUCAGCCCGCUCCAAGAAGAGAGCGCUGUCCUUGUCCCCACUGUCCGAUGGCAUCGGGAUAGACUUCAAUACCAUCAUCCGCACCUCGCCCACGUCGUUGGUCGCCUACAUCAAUGGGUCGAGGGCUUCCCCGGCCAGCAUGUCCCCGCAGCCCGAGGUCUAUGGGCAUUUCCUGGGGGUGCGGGGAAGCUGCAUUCCCCAGCCGUGCUCAGUGCCGAGCAGCCAGAAGGGCCUGCGGGUGGCCGGCGGUGGCCUGGCACUCCCAGCCUACGGAGAGGACAGUGUGCUAGAGUAUGAGCGCAUGCAGCAGCUGGAGCAUGGGACCCUCCAGCCAGGUCUGGUCAACAACAUGGUGGUGCAGCAUGGCCUGCCGAACCCUGAUGGCCAGUCGGCCAGCCUGCUGAAGACCGAGCGCCUGGAUGAUUUCCCGGGCACAGCCCUGGACCUGCCCCCUGCGCCGCCCCCACUGCCUCCUCUGCCGCCGCCCCCACAGGGCCCUCCGCCACCCUACCACUCCCACCCACAUCUACACCACCAAGAGCUAGUGCCCCGGGCCCAGCCGCUGGCCCUUCCCCAGGCUGCCCUGGAGGAGGACGGGGAGAUGGAUGAUGUGGGGGGCAAACACUCCUGUCGCUGGAUAGACUGCAGUGCUCUGUAUGACCAGCAGGAGGAACUUGUGCGGCACAUCGAGAAGGUUCACAUAGACCAGCGCAAAGGGGAAGACUUCACUUGCUUCUGGGCUGGCUGUCCUCGAAGGUACAAGCCAUUCAACGCUCGAUAUAAACUGCUGAUCCACAUGAGGGUCCACUCUGGGGAGAAGCCCAACAAGUGCACGUUUGAAGGUUGCAAGAAGGCCUUUUCAAGGCUUGAGAAUCUCAAGAUUCACUUGCGGAGUCACACGGGUGAGAAGCCAUACUUGUGCCAACAUCCAGGCUGUCAGAAGGCAUUCAGUAACUCCAGCGACCGCGCCAAGCACCAGAGGACGCAUCUGGACACUAAACCUUAUGCUUGUCAAAUUCCAGGAUGCACCAAACGCUACACAGACCCAAGUUCCCUACGAAAGCAUGUGAAGGCACAUUCUUCCAAAGAUCAACAGGCAAGGAAAAAGUUGCGGUCCAGUGCAGAGCUCCAUCCUGACCUGCUCACAAACUGCCUCAGUGUGCAGCCCCUGCAGUCGGCCACCUCCCCACGCGAUGCUGCUGCUGAUGGGGCAGUGGGGCGCUCCCCCGGGCCGGGGCCUGACCUCUACCCAGCUUCCAUCUUCUCCAGCAAUCACUCAAGCCGAAGCGGAACAGCUGCUGGGGCCGUGCCACCCCCACAUACUGUCGGUCACCCUUCUCCGGGACAGAAUGUGCAGGGGAGCCCUCACACCCCUGCCUCCCAGCUACCUCCACUCACAGCUGUGGAUGCAGGAGCCGAGAGGUUUGCACCUUCUGUCCCAUCUCCUCACCACAUCAGCCCCCGGAGGGUUCCAGCUCCUUCUUCAGUAAUGCAGAGAACACAGCCUCCCCACACCCAGCAGCCUGCGGGCGGGCCACACCUGAAGUCUUACCAGCCGGAAACAAACUCUUCCUUUCAACCAAACGGAAUCCAUGUCCAUGGAUUUUAUGGGCAGCUGCAGACCUUCUGCCCCCCGCAGUACCCCGACUCCCAGAGAACCGUGCUGCCCAGCAGCUCCUGUGGCGCUGUACCUUCCUUCGAGGACUGCCUGGCCCCCACACCCAUGGGUCAGGCUGGCUUUGAUGUGUUCCACAGAGCCUUCUCAGCCCACUCGGGCAUUGCAGUGUGUGAUUUACCUUCAGGGUCCUCGAGCCUCUUCGGGGAGUCUCUUCGCGGUGGGCCUGAGGAUGCCACGUUCUUGCAGAUCAGCGCCAUGGACCGCUGUCCUAGCCAGCUCUCCUCUGUCUAUACCGAAGGCUAAAGGCUCCCAGGACCUCCACUCCCACUGGCCUCCAGAACCUUUUCAUUGCUUGCCAUCUUUUUUUUUCAUAUUCUCAUAGACUACGGAAAAGAUGUCAGCCUCUUCACUGGAACCCACAAGGUCACCAAUGUGUCUUUGGAAGGUGGGACUGGUCAGAGCUGGGCUCUGCAGGAAUAUUUGCAGUUGCUCCUCUUUCUCUCUGGGUUUCCUGGUGACUAGCAGGACUGACUGUCUUUUCAAAGGGAAUUUAAGAGUCACUCUGCCAGAUACCUGUUACUUCCAGCUGUCACUUCUUCCUCAAAGGACACCAGUGAAAUGAUGCGCAUCUGAAAACACAGUUUGGGGAUCACCCUUGCACAAAACUCCAAACAGGGAAGGACCACCCAGAUUGCCAGAAGCACAGGGCAAUGCCUCACCGCUGCUCAUCCUCCCCGCUGGCUCAUGUGAAACCAGGCAACCAGGGAAACCUACUCCCAAAGUGCAGAGUGGGCUUGGAGAAGCCGGGGGUUCCUGGCACCGACCCCGGCCUGGCACCCCAGUGAGCCGGCUGCCUCUCUCCUCUUACUAUCCCCAUGCUAACCGAUUGCUUUUCAGUAUUUCUCCAAAAGCAGGAUCAGAAGGUUCUGUCAAGCACAGUCCCUUGAAAGGCACUACAACUUGUUUUAUAUCCCAGCAACAUAUCUUAGUUCUUUUAUUUUAAAGACUUGUUAUUUACAUCUACUUUUAAAGGAAAAAAAAUAUUUAGAGGUCUGUGUUUUGGAUGGAAAUAAUUAUUUUAAUCACCCCCGUUAUAUCCCUUCUGCCCCAGCUAUAGCUGUGCUGGGCCCCACCUCACAGCGUCAGUGAGCCACCCCUACAAGGGUAGUUUCACAUCUAGUAAAAGCCACCUGCGGGAUAUGGGGUGGGCCCAGCCCCUUGCCAGUGCUGUAGCAGAAACCCAGGAGGGUUGACUAUUCCGUGACUCCACCUCAUAGACCUUGGACAACUGCAAAGAUCGCUGGACUGGUUGACCCAUGGCCUCCACGUGGGUGCUGUGCCCAGGGUCAUGCUGGUGUGAGAACAGGGACCCACGGAGCUGAGAUCCUGGUUGUCUCAGAAAAACAAACUAGAGGUGCCCCAUGUCCAGUUAUUUUGCACAGCUUCCGCUUACCUCCUUUGGGAUAUCUACUCACCCAUCCGUCUGUCCCUUCCCCAUGCCCUCCUCUCCCUCCUUCUCAUUAUGCUCCCCUGCUUCUUGUCUGCGUUCACACACACCCACCUGCCCUUGCCCACCUGACGGGCACUCUGAGCAAGCUCUGCCCAGAGGCAGGUAGAGGGGAAGUCCAGGGAAGGUAGGCAGAAGUUAACUUUUCCUGAAACUCUCAUUUGAGGGCCUGGGAUUCUUACAGCGCUCUUGGUCGUUUGUUAGCAACCCUGAAUAGGAAGCCAUUUUCUGUGAUGCAUUUACAAAGCUUAUUAAAAAGAUCUCAAACCCAUGCAUAGGCCCUAAAAAGUAGCCAAACCCCAAAGACACGUGUAAACUCUGACUUUCCAGAACGGUCCCAUGUCACAGUUUCCUUUCUCUUGUAAAGUGAAACAGUGCUACUUGUCCAGCCGAGAUCAUUAUGGUCUCCAACAGGCUUUACCCAGCAGGGUGUCAGACUUGGGAUCCGGGGCCAGUUUGUACCCCGACAGACCAGUCCUAGCAGUCAGGCUGCACGGUUGCUCGCUAGCAGCUCGAUGGGGACUUGAUCCCAAUGUGCCCUAGAGUGGGAAGACCAAAGAGCCACGUGUGGGGCCUGCUUUUACAGUGCUUGAGGCCAGGCCGGUUUCUCUGACGCGUGAGCUCUGAGCUGAGGACAACCACCGUGCAGACAUCCAGGGCUGCCAGAGAGCUAAGUUACUAACUUUACAGAAGUCCACUUUGUUUUACGAAAGAAGGCUCCUCAGGCCUCCCUGCCGGAUGAGCCCUCAGACUGCAAGUCAGAUGCCACCCUCCUUGCCGGCUUUGUGGGUCAUGUCCCCGGGCCUAAACUGGGACACAUGCGUGCUAACUCUGCCAUCCCUCCUGUGUCCUUGGUCACACUUGGGAAAGGAAGGUAAGCUCUGCUAUCUUUAGACAAUGUGUCCAUUCUUAAAUACUGGAGCCUUUGUAGGAACCUCAGAACAGGCUUCAUUUGUGUGAGGAGGAAGGAAAAGACGAAAAGCAAGGUUGUUAUUGCAGUGAUGUCAGCCCUGCCAUGUGGCUUUAUAUAAUGAAAGUGGGCAGCGGGGGAGGAAGAGGACAAAGGCAGAGGCUGGGCCUCAGAAACUAUGGAUGUCAUCUUCCUCUUUGGCUGGAGGAGAUGCGCCUGCCAGUGUCGGGUCAAACCCAGGCCUCGAGGUGGCCCUGCCCCUCUCUUGCCUCACUGCUGCUCUGGGGGCGUUGGGGCGCAGCCGGAACAGAGGCCAGCCCCUGAAGGGCACUGGUGGCAGUUGAGGGAGCGGCUAGUGCAGCCCGCAAGCUCCGGUGUCCCCUCUUGGCUGUGGAGCAUCCUGGUGGCUCCAGGUUUGAGCCUAGGCCCUCAGGGCAUGACACGUUCCAGUUCCUUGUAGACUGCCCAUGCUGUUCUCAGAUUCCAGAACCUCACCUGACCUCCAGGUUCGUCCCUGGCUUUCUUUCUCACCUUGCACGAGAUUCACAGAUGUGUUCCUCGUUACAUUUGUGGCAGUGAAAGUAGAAACUUCCAAAAAUUCAUUCCUUUCCGUUUCCUGGCCAUUUUCAAAGUCUCGAUAUGUAACCAACCACUUUCAUAAACAGCAGAGAUUGUCGUUCCCCUCUUUUGAAACAAAACAAAACAAAAAAGCUGGUGCUUGUGAAAAUACACACAGCUCAAAGCCAAUUAUCCUAUUACAUUGAAAAAAAAAUCAGUCUGCCUAGAAACAUUUCAUUGGCUGCAUUGUCCUAAUUCCCUAAAGGGACUGCCUCAAAAUGUCAGUUAUAAGUUAGCAUCUGAUCAGCUGUUAAAUAUUAAAAUAUGUCCUAGUCCCAUGAAGUGUCUCCCUCUACAACUCCCAUCUCCCCAAGAUUGCAUAGGGGAUUCUAAAGUGGACAGAGGCCAUUCAGCGGACCCACUGAUAGAACGGAGUGUUGGUGGUGGUCUGUUGUUUUUAAAUUACCCGCUGUCAGGCACAUUAGAAGUUAGAGCAGAAGUAAAUGUUCAGCUCCCCUGCCCAAGAGCCUUGACUGUCCAUUCGCCUCGAAGUAUUGGGAAUAGCAACUGUAAAUGUCCAAUUUAAUUAUUUGGUAUUUUAUUUGACUGUUUGACCGUGAUGUUUUCUAGCAGCAUUUUGUAAUGGCACUUUUUGUUGGUGGUGUGAGAUUUCUGCAGUUACUUUUUAUUUUCCUUUUCUUUUCUUUUUUUUUUUUUUUUGCAAUGGAUAAAGAAAAAAAAAAGCCAGUCAUUGGAGAAAUGGCGAAUGUAAAAAAGAAGAGAUUUAUUUUGUACAGACAGCAGAGCAUCCUGUGUAAUGUUGCUGACAUAAAGCACUUUGGGGGGAAGAGUGGAAAUCUGGUUUCCAUAAAUCACAUGGACUCUUGUACAUAGUUAUAUACACUCACGUAGAGAAAUGAACUGUAUGUCAUACUGGAUAUGGGGCCGAUUUUACUUUAGGGGCACAUCUGGUGCUUAUUGUCAUAAAUCUUUUAAAGAAUUAGGUACACUUUUUUUCUAUUAAUAUGUAUAGUUUUGUGAUUUGUCACAGUUAUGUUUCGUAUAAUCAUAAGUUAUUUUGUCUUGUUUCAUGAAGUCCUUUUUUUUAUGUCAAAAGUAAAAUGAAGGGAUUGUGCACUUGGUACAGAAUAAAACUGGAACUGGAGAAAACCCCGACCUGCCUGAAAUCCUCCUUCAGCCAGCCAGGGCCUCCUGAAGCACAGUGGUAACAACUGGGGGUUGGAGGGGUUGUUUGUUUGUUUGUUUUACUAUUUUGUUUUGUUUUACCAUAAGCCUCCUCCCCAUUGGGGACGGUAAUUAUAAUUAAAAGCAGAUGGGGGUGGGGGAGGGCGAGUCUAAGGCGGACUUUAAAAUGCCGCAUUGCUUUGGGCCAGAGCUGCAGCCUGGAUUUAAUUAUAGAUAUGAGGACAAAAUGGCAGUAAAAAUGAAUGUGU